AUUGGCUAUGACUCAGUUCGGUCGGAUGUGGUGGCUUCCACUGUUGCAGUGGCUGUUCAUCGGAACAGGAAUUAGUGUGCACGUUAAGGCUUGGAGCUUUGGGCCAGCGCAAUCGAAUGAUAAUCAGGAUACGGGUAGAGUGCCUCAACCCAGCGAUGUGGGAAGUACGGCCAACCACACGAUUCUAACCAGGCAGUUGAUUGUGGGCACCUUGCUGCCACCUCAGGUUGCACCGGGCACCUGGCCACCUGUGCCCUCCAUAGUGAAUCCCGGAACCACCAGCUAUUGCCAGUGCGUUCCACCCGGAUCCUGUGCCAAUCCCAUACCCACCGCGGCCAGCGAUGGCAGUGGUCAGCUGGACAUCCGUAUUGUCAAUAAUGGGGGAUACCCCUCUAUUCCGAGCACCUCUGCCACCCUGACCUGCAGUUAUGGACUUGUGGCCUGCUGCCAGGCGGGAAGCUAUCAGUGUGGUCGCCGUUUUCCACCUCCACCCGGCUCCUCCACCGCAGGAGCGGGUCAGGCUAGUUUCGGGGCGUAUCCUUGGCAGGCGGCACUGCUGACCACCGCGGAUGUCUACCUGGGCGGUGGGGCACUCAUAACCGCCCAACAUGUCCUGACCGCCGCUCACAAGGUCUACAAUCUGGCGAUCACCUCCUUUAAGGUUCGCCUGGGAGAAUGGGAUGCCAGCAGCACCAGCGAACCCAUUCCCGCCCAGGAUGUGUACAUCUCCAAUGUGUACGUGAAUCCCUCGUUCAAUCCCAACAACCUGCAGAACGACGUGGCCAUCCUGAAGUUGUCCAGUGCCGUCUCCUUGACCAGCAAAUCCACGGUGGGCACCGUUUGCCUACCCACCACCAGUUUUGUGGGUCAGAGAUGUUGGGUGGCCGGUUGGGGCAAGAAUGACUUUGGAGCCACUGGGGCCUACCAGGCCAUUGAGAGGCAGGUGGACGUGCCCCUGAUUCCCAAUGCCAACUGCCAGGCGGCACUGCAGGCCACUCGGCUGGGCACCUCCUUCGUCCUCAGCCCCACCAGCUUCAUUUGUGCCGGCGGCGAAGCUGGCAAGGAUGCCUGCACCGGCGAUGGAGGCUCUCCUCUGGUCUGCACCAGCAAUGGGAUUUGGUAUGUGGUGGGUCUGGUGGCCUGGGGCAUUGGCUGCGCCCAGGCUGGAGUUCCGGGAGUUUACGUGAAUGUGGGUACCUAUCUUCCCUGGAUUCAGACCACGCUGACCCUGUAGAAACUAGUUUUUGUUACCAAUAAAAUUUAUUAUCUGUGUUAGA